UAUUAAAUUUUGGAUUGUGGAAUUGAGAAGUUUGGGUAAGGUGUGGUGAAGAAGGUGAAGAAAGAGAGAGAAGAGAGAUGGAGAGCAUAAAGCACAGUAUGGUAGAAGUAAACGGCAUAAAGAUGCAUGUUGCGGAAAAAGGAGAAGGACCAGUGGUGUUGUUCUUGCAUGGCUUCCCUGAACUAUGGUACUCCUGGCGCCACCAAAUUCUGGCUCUCAGUUCUCUCGGUUAUCGUGCGGUGGCGCCUGAUCUCCGAGGCUACGGCGACACGGAGGCCCCUGUUCCGGAGAGCAGCUACACGUGUUUUCACCUCGUGGGUGACAUGGUUGCGCUCAUAGAUUCUCUGGGUGUGGAAAAAGUGUUCUUGGUGGGACACGAUUGGGGUGCCAUCAUCGGUUGGUACCUCUGCAUGUUCCGACCAGACAGAAUCAACGCCUAUGUUUCCCUCAGUGUCCCCUUCCGACCCUUCCUCGGAAGAAAUCCUCAACAGAAAACCGUAGAUGGUUUUCGUGCCUUGUAUGGAGAUGACUACUACAUAUGCAGAUUUCAGGAAACAGGAAAGACGGAAGCCGCCAUGGCUUGCGUUGACAUUACGUAUCUGUUAAACAACAUAUUUACUGCGCGAAAAACUGACAUAUCAGGUCCACCAGUUUUUCCAAAAGCGGGGCAUGAAACUGGGUUUAAUCCCCAUACUUCACCCACCUUGCCGUCUUGGCUCUCUCAACAAGAUCUUGAUUACUACGUUACUAAAUUUCAGAGGACUGGCUUCACUGGAGGCUUGAAAUACUACAGAAAUCUCAACUUAAACUGGGAGCUAACGGCAUCGUGGACUGGAAUGGGAAUCGAGAAUGUUCCGGUAAAGUUCAUUACAGGUGGCGAUGACUUGAUGUACACUUCACCGGGGACGAAGGAGUACGUUCACAACGGUGGUUUUAAGAAAGAUGUGCCAACUUUGGAUGAAGUGGUGGUGCUGGAAGGUGUUGCACACUUCAGCAACCAAGAAGCACCAAAGGAUGUGACCAAUCACAUCUAUCAUUUCCUUAAGAAGUUUGGACCCUGAAUCAUGGCCAUAUUUUAUAAAGUACUAUCCACAGACUAUUUUAUGGCAA